UUUUUUUUUUUUUUCCCUCACCCCGCCCAUCGAGCCGAGCCGUCACUCCCGAGUCUGACUAGUGCAUGUAGUAGUCACUGUCACAUUCUUUUUUUUCUCCGACACACCUCAUCCGCUUCAAACAUGUCUGACUUCUCGGACGAUCAAAUUCAGGAGUUUAAGGAGGCCUUCCUGCUGUUCGACAGAACAGGCGAAGGGAUGAUCUGUUACAGCCAGUGUGGGGACGUCAUGCGCUCCCUGGGACAGAACCCCGUCACGGCCGACGUCCUCAAGGUCCUGGGAAACCCCAAAGCGGAGGAGAUGAACACCAAGAUGCUGGACUUUGAGAGGUUCUUGCCCAUGCUCCAGACCAUCGCCAAAAACAAAGAUCAGGGCUCCAUGGAGGACUUUGUGGAGGGCCUUCGCGUCUUUGACAAGGAAGGCAACGGCACCGUCAUGGGCGCCGAGCUGCGCCAUGUCCUCACCACACUCGGAGAGAAAAUGACAGAGGAAGAGGUGGAGACUCUUCUGGCAGGACAUGAAGACGCAAACGGCUGCAUCAAUUAUGAAGCGUUUGUGCGCCACAUCAUGUCAGGCUGAGGGCCGGUACUGGCAGCGGAACUGGUCAGGAUGGUCAUGAACGGCUGAAGAUGAAAAGAAUCACGCUUUUUUUUUCUUUUGUCUUUUACCCUGUCACGGUUCCUCCUUUUGCAGUUCUCUGUCAGAAUCCCCCACAAGCUCCUUGAUAUGUCUGAAGACAUCACCUUGGCUACUGCCGUCAAGUCUAACAACAUGACUGACGUGAAUGAAUUCGUUAAGGAGUCUUGAAGCUUGCUUUGUUUGACACAUUCCAAGAUGCAUCAUCUGAGAUUUUUCUAACUCACCCAAUAUUGUCGUAACUCCUGCUACCAAAGCAUCAAAUUUGGAUGGCAAUUUCAUAUUUAUCCACACUGAUCUGCUUUGAUCGACUGUAAUAUUGGCAAAGAAUUUGGGCUCAAAACCGCUGGCUUGCUUUGUCAUUGUGGCAAAUCAGUCUUCUAAAAUUCAUAUUAUCCCUGAAUAGACAUUUCUUUCCCAUGCUAUUGAUAUCACAGUCUUUUUUGCAUUCGAAUAAAAGUCUCCUCAAACACGA